CGAGAGUUCAAUGCUUGUUUUUUUUUUUCCUUUUUUCCAUUAAAAGAACAAUCGACAAUGCAAAGUAGACAACUCGAUUAAUUACAUCACCUUUUGCUUUUUCCAAUAUAGCUAUAUACAGAAAUGAAGACUGUUGGUCAGAUGUGAUUUGUGUUGUGCGGUUCAACUAGGUACUCCAAAAAAGAAUUUGAUAGAAAACGAAACUAAAAGAAAUUCAAUUUAAAAAAUCGCAAGUUUUCUUUUUCUAAAUUAAUUCAUCAUUCGAAAUAUUUCUUUUUUUAAAAUAAUUUUUCGGUUCGUUGCUGGUCGUUUGUAAUUUCAUUUUUAAAUCCCGAAUUAAUAUUUCAUACGAGUUUGUGAUCACUUUUUUCAACAGCAAACUUCAACAACCAUCAUGAAGCUCAUCAGUUGCAUUAUAAUAACUUUAAUCGUCGGAAAUCGAGCCGCGAUACAAUACCCUGAAAAUCCACGCAAAGUCAACAAUACUUCAAUAACAGCAGCAGGGAAAAGUACAGUUCCCACGCCACAACCGACUGGUCUGUCAAAUUCGAAAGUAUCAAGUGCAAAUGGACAGCAAACCAGUGCCCAAAAAUCCAACAGCGAAAGUCCCAGCAAUGAAAAACUUCAGUCUGGGGCCUCAGACGUGGAAUUGAUACUAAAUCAAAACACGACACAUGGCGUUAAAGGCGAAGCCCUUUCUCCGGGUAAUUCAACCGUUGAAAAGGCAGCCCUUCGAUCUAUUUCAAUUACUGAAGAAAAAAACAGCUUCUCAUCAUCAGUGUGGAUCUACAUCACGCUCGGGGUACUUUGCGUAGCAGUCUUCAAUGUGUACAUAUUCUGGUACCGAAAACGAGCAGCCACUUACUCUUUCCAGCCAACAGGAGCAGCUCAACGUUAAAAGCAACACAGCUCAAAAUGUUGCAACUCCGAAUAUGAAAGUACACACUAUCGGUGCUCUAAGUAUUUCCAAAAUGAAAAGGAAAAAAGCUCAACAGAACGACACCGACACGUUAAUCGACAAUUCGUCGUUUGUGCUUUAACGAUAGAUACUCUACCUACUAACAUUACUCUAAUGUAUUUAUUCGCUAUCAAAAAACAUAAAAAUCACCGAGACCGUUUA